ACCAGUUCAGUUUUUAAAGCAAGUAAGUAUAUUGAGGCCAAGCUUGGAUCGAUUCCAGUCGCUGAUCAACAGUCAUAUAAUUAUGGCUCAAGGUACAGAUGAUAAUGUCAUGGACACCUCUCCUGAAUCAUAUGGAGAUUCAGAUGAUGUCAUGGACACUUCUGCAGUUUCAUAUAAAAAUCCAGAUUAUGUCAAUCCUCCAGUGACACAUCAAUAUACAGACGACAUUAUAGACAAUCCUCAUGAAACAGAUCAAGAAGCAGAUGAUGUCUUGGCUCCUUCUCCAGCGACACAUCAAACUCCAGAUAAUGUGAUGGACAAUCCUCCAGUGGCACAUGAUGAAAGAUAUACAGACAACUUGAAUUAUGACAAUCAUGACUCAGUUGUGACAGACUCAGCCACUAAAAUAGAGUUUCAGAUGCAACCAACUCCAGUUCCUUUAAUAUCUCUUGAUCAAGACCUUGGUGUAAACACUCCAGGAACCUCAAAUAAAGCAUGUGAAGAACACGAGGAUAAAGUGAAGCCAGUAGAAGAAGGGAGUAACCCAAAACUUGAUGAUCACAUGGAUCCUGAUUUGACUGUUGCAUUAUUUGGAAGUGCUGAUGCUGUCCAGUUUGGAUGUGACAACAUUCUACUUGGAGAGAAACAACUCUGUCUUAAUGCAGAAUUUCCCAUGAUCAUUCCAUUACAGAGGAAGAUAUCAGAACAUUGUGUCUCAGUGAUAAAUAUGAUUGGCUCACAUGAGACUGAUCUCAAACCUCUCAAUCAUGUUAUUGAUCAACUAGUGAAUGAAAAUGAAAUCCAUGCCUUCAUCUUUGUUGUGCGAUUGGGCCAGUUAACAGAUGCUGAUAAGAUGGGCAUUGAAUGGCUACAGAGAAUAUUUGGUGACAGAGUUCUUUCAGUUGUGAUUAUUGUCUUCACCUAUGAGAGAGAGGAAGAGUGUGACACUGUAAUAGAUGACCUGAAGAACAACUCUGUUCUGGAGCAGCUGCUGAACAAAUGUGGAGGAAGAUAUCAUACCUGCAGCAAGAUCAUGAACAAAAAAUCAGAGAUGAGAGAAUUGAUGGACAGAAUCAAGCGUCUGUUCACUGACAAUAAUCAGCAGUGCUACACCAGAGAGAUGUACAGCUCUUUGAGAGACCCACAAAACAGUGCAGAAAUAGAAGUAAGCAUCGGUGACACUAUCACACAGCCUUUGGGGAGCUUGGAUCUAACCAAUGAAGGAGAAAAACAAAAGGGUGCAGAGCAACUAAUUGACAGGAUUAAUCUUAAAGGAAAACAUCAGAAAUUGAGAACUGUAGAUUUUCUUAAGCCAAUUGUACAGUCCCAAGAUUCUUGUGCAGAAGAGGAGCUGGCUUCAGUUUUUCUACAAAAAUUGAUGAUGAUGGACUACAGAGCAAGAUACCUCCAGAUAAAAGAGAAUAAUGAACAACAUCACACACAACAAAGUAACAAUGACUCAUCUGAAGAUGAUGCUGAUGCCUUUGAUACUAUUUUUGGAGAAACUGCUAAACCCUCAGAUGAAACAAACAAAUUAGAUGCAGUCCACUUAAUGGAUGUUCAGAUGGCUGUGUUUCAUUGUGCUGAUAGUUUCCUAAAGCAGCUUAUGGUGACUAAACUCUCACAGUGUCAGUAUGCUCUGCCUCUGCUUGUACCCAAUCCAUUCACACAACAGAUUGAGUUCCCACUCUGGACAUUUCGACAAAUUAACAAGAGCUGGAAGACAAUUGAUGAUACAGGUAAAAUCUCUAGCAAAUACCUGCCAGUCUACAAGGCAGAAACCCCAAUGGUGGCUUUCUUCAGUUUUGGUCCUGCAUCCUCAUCCAAGUCUCAGCUGAUGAACAGCCUGAUCAAUGAGAAACACAACACAUUCUUCCACAGGAACUGCCCAGGCAGCAGCAGAACCAGAGUGCUGAUGGACGGAGUGGUGGAGAUUGCCUGGUACUGUCCAUCUGGAGAGAAAACAGACAGAUUUACUCAUUGUGUUGCGUUCUGUAACCUCCAUGGUGAUGCAGGAGCCCAUGAAAAGCAGCUGGGUAUCCUGACUGAAAUGGCCUCUGUAAAUGUUGCUAUUUUACCACAACUUGACAAGAAUGACAAAAGCAUGACCAAGAUCCAAACCUUCUACAAGGACUCAAAGCCACUCAUCUGCCUUCUUACUGACAAUGAUUCAGCUCUCGCAGAAAUGCGGAAAGGGAAAUACAAAAUCGGUUUGAAAGACAGAAAUCAGUCAGUCGUUUUUGAAGAAAUCAGAAGAGCUAUAAAUAAUGGGCUCUUGUCUUUAGAGUCAUCUUCUAUUUUCAAGCUUGAAGACGUGGCCAGAUAUUCUGAUAUCAGAGUAGAUGAGGACAAUGAUGAAGACCUCAGGAGUGGAAAACAGGCAGCACAGCAGAUGAUGACUUUACUGGAGGAUAAAGAUCUGACUAAAAUCAAAGAAUCGUUUCUGCCAUUGCAGGGAAAACUGUGGCAUCAGUGGUGCCAGAAGAAUAAAGAACUUCAUCGACCUACAUUAGGAGAACUACAUAAGGGAAGCAACAUAGAAAAAAACAAUUGUUCUAAGCAAUCAGAAAUGAUGAAAAUCCGUGAACAGCAACAAACAUCUGUCUUGAGUCAGUUUAUCCAAAUCUAUAUUCAAAAACUGAAUUCACACCUAGGAAAUGAGGUGGCAUAUUUUUUUAAAUGGCUGGGCAUCCUUCUAGACAAUUACACUACUGAAAGUCUUUCAGCCCUUCUUCAUGAGUAUGAUGAAAAAUGGUCAACAGUCCUCAAUCUUAAAAAGAAACAUGAUAAAUCGAAGCAAAUGACAGCAGCACAAGACGAACUUGAGAGAGUAUCUGAGAAACUACAAGCUGCAACUUUUGGCUUGGAGCACAUACUGAGAGAGAUCGGCCAGAUAUAUGAAUCAUGUUCAUCUGUAAAGAAAAACAAAAAAGAUCUCCAGUUUAACUUCUCCUCUCUUCCAAGUCUUGCAGCAGAGAUGAUGAUCUCUGGAUUUCCUCUGGAGCUGAUGGAUGGUGAUGCUGCCCAUGUUCCUCUGAUCUGGGUUACUGCUGUUCUUGAUGCACUCAUCCAGAAACUGGGAGACAAGAGGGUCUAUGUGUUGUCAGUUUUAGGGAUUCAGAGCUCUGGGAAAUCCACCAUGCUGAACGCUAUGUUUGGACUGCAGUUUGCCGUCAGUGCUGGCAGAUGCACCAGAGGAGCUUUCAUGCAGCUGGUCAGAGUGUCGGAGGAGAUGAAAGCACAGCUGAAGUUUGACUACAUUCUAGUUGUUGAUACUGAAGGACUUCGUGCCCUAGAACUGGCCGGAAGGGCAACAAGAAAUCACGACAAUGAAAUGGCCACAUUUGUUGUUGGUCUUGGAAAUAUGACAUUGAUCAACGUCUUCGGAGAAAACACAGCUGAGAUGCAGGACAUUCUUCAGAUUGUUGUUCAGGCCUUCAUGAGGAUGAAGAAGAUCAGACUGAAUCCAAGCUGCAUGUUUGUGCAUCAGAACGUUUCUGAUGUUACAGCUGGAGAGAAAAACAUGGAGGGAAGGAGACGACUGCAGGAGAAACUGGAUGAGAUGACUAAACUCGCCGCUAAAGAGGAAGACUGUGAUACAGAGUUUUUCAGUGACGUCAUUACAUUUGACGUUCAAAAUGAUGUGAAGUAUUUUGCACAGCUCUGGGAAGGCAGCCCACCAAUGGCACCACCGAACCCCGACUACAGCAGAAAUAUUCAGGAGUUAAAGGACACCAUUCUCUCAAAAGCUUCCAAUUCUAAUGGCAUUACACUGUCUCAGUUCAGAGUGCGUAUUAAUGAUCUGUGGAGUGCACUGCUGAAUGAAAACUUUGUGUUCAGCUUCAAAAACACACUUGAGAUUGCGGUAUACAGAAAAUUGGAAACUAAAUACAGUGACUGGACGUGGAGCCUCAGAAGUGCCAUGAUCGGCAUUGAAGACAAAUUCUACAACAGAAUUGCUAAUGGAAGCAUUAACGUUCAGGAAAAUGACUUGUUGGCUGACAUGAGGAUGACAAAGGAGCAGGUAGAAAAAUCAAUCAUGUCUUACUUUGAGGAGGACAAAGACAAAGACAUUCUGUGCCAAUGGCGAGGAAGAUUUGAAACCAGAAUCAAAGAGCUUCAUGAUGACCUUGUGAAGGGAACAAAAAGAAAGUUAGAUGAAGCGAUUGAACAGAAACAAGCCAGGGAGCAGCUGGAUCAAAGAAGGACAGAAUAUGAAAACAAGCUUUUCAUUCGGAGCAAGGAACUAGCUUUGAGACUGAAACAUACAGGAACAGAUGAACAUAUGCUUGAGGAGGAGUUUGACACAAUGUGGAGUAAAUGGCAGUGCUACACCAGAGAGAUGUACAGCUCUUUGAGAGACCCACAAAACAGUGCAGAAAUAGAAGUAAGCAUCGGUGACACUAUCACACAGCCUUUGGGGAGCUUGGAUCUAACCAAUGAAGGAGAAAAACAAAAGGGUGCAGAGCAACUAAUUGACAGGAUUAAUCUUAAAGGAAAACAUCAGAAAUUGAGAACUGUAGAUUUUCUUAAGCCAAUUGUACAGUCCCAAGAUUCUUGUGCAGAAGAGGAGCUGGCUUCAGUUUUUCUACAAAAAUUGAUGAUGAUGGACUACAGAGCAAGAUACCUCCAGAUAAAAGAGAAUAAUGAACAACAUCACACACAACAAAGUAACAAUGACUCAUCUGAAGAUGAUGCUGAUGCCUUUGAUACUAUUUUUGGAGAAACUGCUAAACCCUCAGAUGAAACAAACAAAUUAGAUGCAGUCCACUUAAUGGAUGUUCAGAUGGCUGUGUUUCAUUGUGCUGAUAGUUUCCUAAAGCAGCUUAUGGUGACUAAACUCUCACAGUGUCAGUAUGCUCUGCCUCUGCUUGUACCCAAUCCAUUCACACAACAGAUUGAGUUCCCACUCUGGACAUUUCGACAAAUUAACAAGAGCUGGAAGACAAUUGAUGAUACAGGUAAAAUCUCUAGCAAAUACCUGCCAGUCUACAAGGCAGAAACCCCAAUGGUGGCUUUCUUCAGUUUUGGUCCUGCAUCCUCAUCCAAGUCUCAGCUGAUGAACAGCCUGAUCAAUGAGAAACACAACACAUUCUUCCACAGGAACUGCCCAGGCAGCAGCAGAACCAGAGUGCUGAUGGACGGAGUGGUGGAGAUUGCCUGGUACUGUCCAUCUGGAGAGAAAACAGACAGAUUUACUCAUUGUGUUGCGUUCUGUAACCUCCAUGGUGAUGCAGGAGCCCAUGAAAAGCAGCUGGGUAUCCUGACUGAAAUGGCCUCUGUAAAUGUUGCUAUUUUACCACAACUUGACAAGAAUGACAAAAGCAUGACCAAGAUCCAAACCUUCUACAAGGACUCAAAGCCACUCAUCUGCCUUCUUACUGACAAUGAUUCAGCUCUCGCAGAAAUGCGGAAAGGGAAAUACAAAAUCGGUUUGAAAGACAGAAAUCAGUCAGUCGUUUUUGAAGAAAUCAGAAGAGCUAUAAAUAAUGGGCUCUUGUCUUUAGAGUCAUCUUCUAUUUUCAAGCUUGAAGACGUGGCCAGAUAUUCUGAUAUCAGAGUAGAUGAGGACAAUGAUGAAGACCUCAGGAGUGGAAAACAGGCAGCACAGCAGAUGAUGACUUUACUGGAGGAUAAAGAUCUGACUAAAAUCAAAGAAUCGUUUCUGCCAUUGCAGGGAAAACUGUGGCAUCAGUGGUGCCAGAAGAAUAAAGAACUUCAUCGACCUACAUUAGGAGAACUACAUAAGGGAAGCAACAUAGAAAAAAACAAUUGUUCUAAGCAAUCAGAAAUGAUGAAAAUCCGUGAACAGCAACAAACAUCUGUCUUGAGUCAGUUUAUCCAAAUCUAUAUUCAAAAACUGAAUUCACACCUAGGAAAUGAGGUGGCAUAUUUUUUUAAAUGGCUGGGCAUCCUUCUAGACAAUUACACUACUGAAAGUCUUUCAGCCCUUCUUCAUGAGUAUGAUGAAAAAUGGUCAACAGUCCUCAAUCUUAAAAAGAAACAUGAUAAAUCGAAGCAAAUGACAGCAGCACAAGACGAACUUGAGAGAGUAUCUGAGAAACUACAAGCUGCAACUUUUGGCUUGGAGCACAUACUGAGAGAGAUCGGCCAGAUAUAUGAAUCAUGUUCAUCUGUAAAGAAAAACAAAAAAGAUCUCCAGUUUAACUUCUCCUCUCUUCCAAGUCUUGCAGCAGAGAUGAUGAUCUCUGGAUUUCCUCUGGAGCUGAUGGAUGGUGAUGCUGCCCAUGUUCCUCUGAUCUGGGUUACUGCUGUUCUUGAUGCACUCAUCCAGAAACUGGGAGACAAGAGGGUCUAUGUGUUGUCAGUUUUAGGGAUUCAGAGCUCUGGGAAAUCCACCAUGCUGAACGCUAUGUUUGGACUGCAGUUUGCCGUCAGUGCUGGCAGAUGCACCAGAGGAGCUUUCAUGCAGCUGGUCAGAGUGUCGGAGGAGAUGAAAGCACAGCUGAAGUUUGACUACAUUCUAGUUGUUGAUACUGAAGGACUUCGUGCCCUAGAACUGGCCGGAAGGGCAACAAGAAAUCACGACAAUGAAAUGGCCACAUUUGUUGUUGGUCUUGGAAAUAUGACAUUGAUCAACGUCUUCGGAGAAAACACAGCUGAGAUGCAGGACAUUCUUCAGAUUGUUGUUCAGGCCUUCAUGAGGAUGAAGAAGAUCAGACUGAAUCCAAGCUGCAUGUUUGUGCAUCAGAACGUUUCUGAUGUUACAGCUGGAGAGAAAAACAUGGAGGGAAGGAGACGACUGCAGGAGAAACUGGAUGAGAUGACUAAACUCGCCGCUAAAGAGGAAGACUGUGAUACAGAGUUUUUCAGUGACGUCAUUACAUUUGACGUUCAAAAUGAUGUGAAGUAUUUUGCACAGCUCUGGGAAGGCAGCCCACCAAUGGCACCACCGAACCCCGACUACAGCAGAAAUAUUCAGGAGUUAAAGGACACCAUUCUCUCAAAAGCUUCCAAUUCUAAUGGCAUUACACUGUCUCAGUUCAGAGUGCGUAUUAAUGAUCUGUGGAGUGCACUGCUGAAUGAAAACUUUGUGUUCAGCUUCAAAAACACACUUGAGAUUGCGGUAUACAGAAAAUUGGAAACUAAAUACAGUGACUGGACGUGGAGCCUCAGAAGUGCCAUGAUCGGCAUUGAAGACAAAUUCUACAACAGAAUUGCUAAUGGAAGCAUUAACGUUCAGGAAAAUGACUUGUUGGCUGACAUGAGGAUGACAAAGGAGCAGGUAGAAAAAUCAAUCAUGUCUUACUUUGAGGAGGACAAAGACAAAGACAUUCUGUGCCAAUGGCGAGGAAGAUUUGAAACCAGAAUCAAAGAGCUUCAUGAUGACCUUGUGAAGGGAACAAAAAGAAAGUUAGAUGAAGCGAUUGAACAGAAACAAGCCAGGGAGCAGCUGGAUCAAAGAAGGACAGAGUAUGAAAACAAGCUUUUCAGUCGGAGCAAGGAGCUAGCUUUGAGACUGAAAAAUACAGGAACAGAUGAACAUAUGCUUAAGGAGGAGUUUGACACAAUGUGGAGUAAAUGGGUCACUGAAAUGACCAAAGACACACCUCCACUAACAGACAUUAACCUCUGGGAGGAUGUGACACAGAUAUUAUCUGAAAACCAUGAACUGACUCUUGUAGAUGAGCGCUUAAAACAAAAAAACUAUGAACUGAUAGACUGCCGGAAUGAUUAUUGUGACUACAUGAUACUAAAGAAGCAUCUGGAGUGCUCUGAUGAAACGGCAUCUUCAGAGGAAGCUACUGAGAGCUCUAAGAAAAGCAAGAAUGGAAUGUUCGGUCGGUUCGGUCAAAAAAUCAUGUCAGGUAUAGGAUAUUUUAGAUGGACUCCAAAGCCACAAGAGAACAUGGGCCUAAAUGCUGAACUUCAUUACUCAAUAAGGGAUAUGACUCACAAAAUUAUUCAGGAAACUGAAAUGAUAAUAAAGAAGUCACCAGUUGGAGCGCGAGGCUACAAUGAGAGUUUUGUUCAAGAAAUAACAGACUGUGUUAAAAAAUCAGUACAGAAACAUCAAUCCAUGAGCCAAAAAUACAAAUUGAAAAGGGAGUUUACCAUAGAUCUGAGUCUCCAUGUGUGUGAGAUUGCCAGACAGACUUUUACUGAACUCCACAAAGAAUUCAGAGAAACAAAUGACCCAAGACUUUAUCUUAAUAAGCAGAAAACUCAAUAUUGGAACAUCUUCAAGAACUACUACAAAGGAGCAACAACAACAACCAUACUAUGUGAAUUCAUCUGCAGCAAACUUGAACCAUCUAUCCUACAAGCAGUUUACAACAAAACUGCUAAUGAUCUGGCCACACAGAUGAGGUCUGACAUAAAAGCUUUACGUGAGAACAGACCAAAUCUGGAGAAACACAUUCUGAGAUCCCUUGCAGAAAAGGAGGACUUUGAGAAGUACAUAGAAUAUAUUCAUAAUCCCAGAGAACAUUUCAAACAAUUCAUAAAGAACGAAGUGAAAAGCUACUUCACCAGCCAAAACAAAAUGAUUCUAAAUAUUUUCAAAGGAAAUCUAAAACAAAAGGAGCAGAUUGUAAAUAAUGCAGUGAAAGCCACAACAGUGAAGGUCAAGAGUCGGAAUGGAGAUGGUAGCAUGUGGUUUAGAUGCUUCACCACAGCUCUGACAGAUGAGCUGAAACUCAGAGAGAACUCAUGUGGUGAUCUUAGUGAAAUUAAAGACUUGGAUUUUCUUGAGAAAUAUUUGAGUGACUGUCUAAAGGAGAGGAUGACAAACCUACAGAACAGUUUUAAAAACAUUAAUGACAUGAAAUUGGAGAAGUGCAGGAAAAGACCAGGUGAGAUUUUGAUUGAGCACUUCUGUCAGUGCUGUUGGGUUCAGUGUCCUUUCUGUAAAGUCAUCUGCACCAACACAAUGGAAGACCAUCCUGGAGAUCACUGCGUUCCUUUCCACCGCAAUAUUGGACUGAAUGGGUGGUCUUACAGAGGAACAAGAAACCUGGCUAUUGAUAUCUGCACAACAGCAGUAUCGAGUGAUCGAUCCUUUUGCCCAAAUUCCUCAGAUGAUUCAGUCCCCUGGAAAGAAUACAGAAGAGGAGGUCCUAAAUAUGCUAACUGGAGCAUCACGCCUGAUAACUCUGAGCUGCCAUACUGGAAGUGGUUUGUGUGCAGAUUCCAGGAAGAUCUGGAAACAUACUACAGUAAGACAUUCCAGGGGUAUGGUGAGAUUCCAGAUGAAUGGAAACGAUACACAAAAAAGGAAGCUCUGGCGAGUUUGGAUAAAUACAUGUAAUGGGAAAGUAAACAAAUGGCACUAUGUCAGCUCCCUGAUUAAAGAUGAUACUUGUACAUCCUGUUUCACACAACAGUGUUUCCAAACUGAUAUAUGCAGUACAUUGUGCUUUUAUAUGAUAUAUGAUAGUUUUGUU